AUGACUGUAAAGGAGACUCGGAAGGAUUUGGAGAGCUUCUUUCACAUGGCGACCUGGGCUCUGUGGUUCCUUGUCAUGAUCCUGUUGGCUCAGGGAGCAGAAGGAGCUUCUGUCAAAUCUGCGUGCAAACUUGGAAAGUCUACCUUUCGGCAGCAUUCCAUUAGCCACCGAAUCAUGUCGCUGGCCCAACAGGGCAGUUUGUUCGAUAAUGAAACCAGCACUCGACUCCUCGAGAGUUCCAUGUUCAGUGAUGUGGAAGCCACAAAUCAUUGUUAUAUGAUGAAGGAGGUUCUGAACCUGGUCUUGAAGGAAGUGUUGCCUCCUUACCAGCAAAAAUUCCAGUCAGACAUGCAAGACGUGUUGUCCUUCCUGCAUGAUCUGAAAAGCAAGCUGAGCGGCUGUACUUUGAAGGGUGAUGGCAGUCCUGUCCAGAGAAAAAUUAAUGAUGUGAAGAGCAAACUAAAACAGUUGGGAAAGAAUGGAGAGAUAAAAGCAAUUAGUGAGCUGGAUCUACUGUUCAGGUUCCUGGGAAGACACUGUGCUUAA